AUGCUGGUGGAGCACCAACUCAAGGCAGUUGGCAGAAGAAGCAAAGAAACCGUCAGCCUGAGGCGGCGAGGCAGGGCAUCGGCGACAAGGGUCGAUGCGUCGCCGAGCAACCAGCUGUGGUGGGUGUGCGGGAUGGCCAGUACAGCCGUGCACAUGGAGGCGUUUCUCAGGACGUUCCCGUUUAUUGACCAAGCGCACAUGGCUCUGCUGAGGGCGCGGCAGGGAGAACCAAUAGGGGAGGAGGAACAGGCCAAGGAGGAAGAAGCAGAAGGCCCAGGGACAAGCAACAGGCAGAUGCAAUAG